CGUUAAUAGUCUCACCAUUCCAAAUAAACAUUUUCAACUCUGUUACAGUAACGACAAAUAUACAUUUUAAAUUUAGGAAAAAUUGAAAUUUUAAAUUUAGAAAAACCUUUUUUUUUUUUUUUGAACCAAAAUGAGCGAGGAAAAUCGUAGUGCAAGAGAUACCACGACGUUGCUUUUCAAUAAAUUAGAAGAAAAGGUUCGCGAAAUGCAGCUAAAUUUUGAACAGAUAAAGCUCAGCCUCGACGAUGCAUCCGAGUCGUUGAGGAAGGUUUUCGAGUGGGAGGCAAGCCUGGAUUUCGAAAUGGCUAAUAUCGAGACUGAGGUGGCAAGCCCUGGCACUGUUCACCUGGAUUCCGAAAGAGCUAAUAUCGAGACUGAGGUUGCGAGCCCUGGCACUUUUCGCAAUUCGUUGAUACCGAUUCGUGUCUCUGAAGAAACACCAAUACCCAUAUGGACCCCCAGAAGAAAAUGCCAAGCGGUAUAUCAAAGGACCAGGCGAAGGAGCUGCUGAUCUUGCCACCGCUCCGAACUUGCCUCAGCAUCUCAUUAGAUUUUGGAAGCUUCUGCGAAGUCCUUUGAUGUCCCACACAAGGUCAAGAAAAUAUUAUAAUAUUAUAUUAUAUUAUACCACUUAAAAAAAAAAGAAACCAUUAGUUCUACUGGAGGCAAUCAAAUUCGGCUGAAAAUAUUCCUCAAAUUAUUGAAGUAUUCCAAUUACGAAUAAAAAAAAAUAAAAAUAAA